AUGAAAUUUACCGUUGUCAUUUGCCCCGGGGCUUGGCCCCUCUUGUCUUUCAUGGAGCCUCUGAUGGAGGCUUUCGAGAACCGGAGCCAUCCUGCUAUCACAUCCAUUGUUGAUACCUACCCAACUUCGGAUCCCAAUGUGACAGUCAAGGUGAACCCGGACAGCGAGUAUCUUCGCACCAAGGUUCUAGAACCUGUUCUGGACACUGGUGCUGACGUUGUCGUCUUCAUGCACUCUUAUGGGGGUACCUACGGCGCUUCGAGCCUCCAAGGCCUCAGUAAGGAGGAGAGACAGUCCAAGGGCCUGAAGGGCGGUAUCAUCGCCACUGUCCAAACUGCUGCCUUCAUCGCCCCCACUGGUGCGACUGCCUUGGACUGCAUGGGGGUUGAUCGGAACAAUCUCCCAUAUUGGAUUGAAUAUGAUGCCGAGACCGAUAUGGUGGGAAUCAACAAGGAGUACGCCAAGCAAGUUUUGUUCAACGACCUCCCGGAGGAUGAGGCCGAGAGGUUGGCAAGCCUGCUUCCCAAGCAGCCGAUGGUCUGCUUCACCACGCCCGCUCACUGGGACCCGUACAAUGAUCCUUACUACAAGGGUAAGCUUGGCUACAUUUACACGGGGGCUGACCUCAUCUUCCCAUACGAGGCACAGCAGAUGCAAGUUGCCUCGGCGGGUAUCGACCAUACGUACCUGCUUGAGGGAUCUUCUCACUCUCCUCAUCUUGAGCAACCCGGUCACUUGGCAGACCUGGUCAUUGACAUGGUGAAGAACAUUACUGGCAAGUGUUAA